AUGCAUAUCCAGCUUGGCACGAACCAGAAGCUCAUUAGCUCGGACUGUUUUCGUCUGGUGAGCUUGAUACCAGAGAUCCAGAAUGACGUCGAAGUGGUGAAGCCCGUGUUAGACGAGUUAGAGGUGAUGCGACUGAGCUGUGCACUUGGAAUGCUAUCGACAGCGAGCUCCCAUGACUUCGAGGAGGAGAUGCUGGAGGCCAGUGACUUCGAUGACGACUUUGCUCGCUUUCUCCGAAAAGAAGUGUUCGAGACGGACGGAAAAUGCGCCUCCAACGGCAUCAGGGUGAUGUCUUUGUUCGGUAAACAAGACGCUGUAAAACACGAGCUGAUUAUGAUGAGUUGCUGGUCCGACACGAUUGACAACAACUUGAAGACGGAAGACCAGGGGAUUUACUGCGUAACCCGACAAGACGACAACACUGCGGAACACACACUGGUUUUAUUCGGAUGGAUUCAAUCGCAUUUGUUCCGAAAGGUUCGACUUCGUGACACGGCGACGUAUGUGCUCCGUUUCUUGUCGUGCUUGAGCUCUGACAUGGUCUGCUGCCUGUCAACGGAAGACGUGGAGUUGGUCGAGCAAGCGGUCGCUUCCCUGAAGACAAACAAUUUGGACACUUGGGAAUCGUUCUCGGUAGCUUUCCACGUCGAGCGACAGGAAGAGCAGAAGGAUGCCGUCAAUUGUGAAUAUCUGCCAGAUGUGCUGCUGCCUACAAACGUGUCACCGCAGAGUGUUCGGCUGCUCAAAGGCAGCUAUCCUGCAUUUGCUGUAGUGGAUUCAGCCCCCGCUGAGAGAUGCAGCAAAACGUGCCGUAUCAGCUUUAACAGUGCUGAUGAGUUCGCAAAGCAGCUUGUCGACGAGUCGAAAGAGCGGAACCUGCAACUUAAUUUUCGUGGAACGCAAAGUAGCGGUCUCAAGAACGUGCUGCUGAAGACAAGUGGGAAGUGGCCCGAGACAAAGCUGCAAGUUAUCAGGGACUUGCGAGACUGCAGCUUGCAAGGGUCGGUGGAACAGUCGAAGGACCGAAUGGAAGGGUACAUCGAGGAUCAUAGAGCAACUCUAAUCAGCUGGAUGGACAAUUUAUUUGACUUGGAUGUGCUGUUCGAGGCGCCAGCAGGUGGGUCAGUCUUCACGAAGCUACAUGACCAUGUGGAGGAAGCCCGAGCGCACGCAGCCGUCUGGAGCAAAAUCGACAACGUGACACAAACGACCUUGUUGUUACCGCUUCGUCUCAAGCGUCGGAUAAAGGCCAUAGCUUCAGUAUUUCGUGAGCAUCUGUGUGAUGAUUCUGCAAGCAGUGCAAGACAAAGUUUAGCAGCAUUCAUGCGCGACUUUACUGCAUCUGACAAGGAAGUUCCGAGUACCAGCGGAGGAUUUUUUAAACGAGCGCUGAAGAAAGUUAACAGUUUGCUCGGCGAUCAACGUCCGGAGUUGCUGACAGACCAAUUUCGUGAGUGCAUGACUGAGCCACUGCAAGAAGCUCGACAAGCUUGGUUUGAGGCGAUCGAGGUGUCGUUAACUGCCACAGAAAGCGUGUUGCUACCCGUGUGGAGUGAGGAAAAUCGAAAGGCAAUAGUUGAAACGUGUAAAGAAGACGAGCGCAUGGCCAUCUCGGACGCUUUCGAGGAGUUACUUGAGAGUUGGCGCAAUCAACACAAAGAUGGCCUUUCGACAACGAUUAACCUUCUCGUACUUCAGAAUGUAAUAAAAUGGACUGCCGAGAAGGAACACUGGAAACCUGCGACAGACCAGCUGAGCGCUUUCAAACUGGAAAAGAAUGAUAAUGGGUCUUUCAGCACCAAACAGCUGGGUACGCAUCGUUUGGAUCCGGGGGUGACGCUGUUAAAAGCGUUCACCAUUAAGAAUCACUGCAUACUGUUGGUGACGUGUUCUCCGCAGAAAACUUUGGUGGAACGCAUUGAUUUUCCACUCCAGCAACCAUACUUUGGCAAAAAAGUAGGAGUGGUGUCAUUCACGCGUUCGUUCGGACGAAUGGCAUCCUUGUGCGACUUCAACGUCCAUGAACGAGUCAUGGCUUUUGUGGAGGAAGGUGGGCGCGUCGUGCUUUACCGGUUUAACGAGAAGUUCUCAUCGCUCGAAAUUUACAAACGUGUUGAGCUAUCGUUGCGGACGUCGUUGACACUUCCGGUCGUCGAUUUUCUGCUAGUCGAUGGUUUUCUGUAUGCAACAGACAAGAGCGGGUCGAUCCAGUCCGUAAAUGUCAAAAACCAGCAAACAUCGCGCAAAGCUCAAACGCUGUUAUCGGGAUCUGGUGGGCCUGCGAGCUCGCUGUUCACUAUGGCCGAUAAUGAGGUGUUGGGCUUUGUGGCGAGGAAAGAGGUUGAAGGAUCUACUGCGCAGACCGUGUUGUGUGCCAUGGCUAGCGAAGACUAUCGCGAAGUACCCGUUUGUAACUCGAUGUCGUUGUCACUUCAAUCGGAAGACCUGUCGAUCGAAGCUUUCGAGGAUUUUUUGUUUGCGGUCGAUGAGAGGCAAAAGAAAAUCUGCGUGCUUCGACUGGCGGCGACAGUGCGAAGCGAAUCAUUUCGCAUUGAGCACUCAAAGGAACAUUCAGUUAACGGCAGCAAAGUUGAGUCGGACGGAUCGAACAAGGUGGGCCACUGGCUUCGAGCCUUCUAUCAUAUGUACGAAAAAUUUCCUGUCCGCGGCUUGAUUCGAGGAGUUGACGACACCCAUGCGACGUUGAAACUGCACGUAGCGUGUACAUCUGCACUGUCACAGUCUGACGAAGACCGCUGCCAUUAUUUCUUUCAAAGCGUGAUGCGCGAUCUCCGGAAGCUGAACAAGCCCCUUGGUGGAAUGGAUCUUGCCCGUGAUCUGGUCUUCACGACAGAUUUGAGUGCAAGAAUGAACGGGGUAGCGCUUCAGCCUGUCCGAUUCAUUCUACAACAGUUGAUCACGUUUGUGCCCAUCCAGGUUUGUCGAGCUGAGAGCAACUCGCUUACAGUGAUGAGAAAUGGUCAAGCAACUCAGACCAUCAAUCCGUCGUCGAGUCUCCACGCCGUUGACAUUGCUCGUUCAAUCCGGUUUGGUCUCUUAUCACCACUACUUGAGUCGUGGCAGGGGCGGUGCGUUGUUAUAACCUCAAUGGGAAAGCAGUCGACUGGAAAAAGUUACUUGCUCAACCACUUGACUGGAUCGUCCUUCGCGAUUGCUGGAGCACGCUGCACGGACGGAGCCUGGAUGUCGAUUCGUAUUCUGCCGAAGAAUGUUCUUCUUGUUGUCCUUGACUUUGAAGGCCUUGGAUCUUUUGAGCGAACAGAGCAGGAAGAUGUGUUCUUGUCGGUAUUCAACGCUUCCAUCUCGAUGUUUACCAUUUUCCGAAUGGAAAUGCGGUUUGACAAGGAGAUCGAUGACUUGUUUGCUCGCUUUCAAAAAGGCGUAGCACUCAUCAAGGGAGAUCCGAGUCUUUUCCGAGGCAAGCUGUACAUGUCUGUAAAAGACGUGAACCCCAACGAUCAGAAGGGUGUGCUGGACGAAUUUAGAGGCAAAUUCCAAACGUUAGUCAGCGCGAACAGGAGCAGCAACUUUCUGGUCGACUUAUACUCGGGCCAACUUGACAUCAAUUGCUCCCCGACGCUGGGCACGACUGACUACUACCAGUCGCUAAUGCACGCCCAGAAAUUUAUCGAGGAGUCUCUCUGCGGCUCUGAAAAGGCAGGCUUUCGUAGUGGCAAAACGUUCUUGGACUGCAUUCGUUUGGUUCUCGCAAAAAUCGCGAAUCUGGACUGGACGUCGCUUGAUGAAGGUGUAAAGCAGUUCCAGUUAUCUGAAAUCAGCUCGAAGCUGCCGGGAUUGAUCCGAACAGGCUGUAUCAUCCCACUGGAGUUCGUCACGAGGAGAGAAGAUAUUGCACCGUAUCUGAAAGAAGACAUUGUGUUACCUGAUGGAAAAGUGAUCGAAGUCGAUCUAGAGACAAUGAUAGCGGAAUGCUCUACUUUGGGUGAUAACUGGCGUGCCCUCAGCGAAUGUAUCGAUCUUGACUCAGUGCCAGACAGCGAGGUAGAUUUCGGCUUCGACUGCUGCUCGACCAGCGAAGAAACGAUUACGCAUGUUGAUGCAGCGAUCAGACAGAUGCUUCGGCUGUUUUUGCGGACCAAUGUGAGCAUCGAAGACAGUAAACUGUCGAGAGAGAUAGUCAGCGAUUUCGACGCUUUCCUAGCGUUUGUCGUACGUCGUCGCAAGGCCCGGAUUAUCAUUUGGGCAAAGCAAAUGCUCGGGGGUCAAGUGACGGAUGAGUGGAAGGCCAUGGAGCAACAAUACUUGGGUCAAUUUCAGUUGCUUUUCAGGCGCUGUCAAAGUAGAUGUGAUGACUGCCGACUCGGGUGCAUGAAAGCUGCUGCUCACGCGGAGAGCGCUUCGCACGACUGCAGAGGGAGCCACAUUUGCACUAGCCGCUGCGAGUACUGCGAAAGCAGUGAACGUUUCAAGACUCCUCCUUGUUCCAAAGAAGCAGGUCACGAAGGAAAGUGUGAGUGUACUGAUGGUGAUCACACGUGCGGUCGAGACUGUGCUUUGGCGCACUCGCCAAACUGCGGCAAGAAAUGCUCGUUGAAGCGAGGCCACAGUAUGCAGCAGCACAAAUGUGACGUACUCGUUCACAUGUGUGGUGAAGAGUGCACGGCAGUAAGCUGCUCCGGACAAUGUGUGUUGAACGUAGAAGAUUUGCAUACCGCUCACAAGUGCGUCGAAACGCGCUGCAUGCAAAAGUGCAUCAUUGAUGGAUGUAACGAGCUGUGUGCCACUAUGGAUCAUUUUCAUGGGCAGGUUGACGUUGCUGUGGUGUACUCGGUGGAAAAUGGUGACGAGAAGGGGAUCGAUACGUUCGACGCAGCCUCAGAAGUUCCAGUCGUCCACAUGUGUGGAAAUGGUCACGAGUGCCAAGCCAUGUGUGAGGAAAAGGGGAUUUGUCGAGUUGACGUAUUUCUCAAGCAGUCUUCGAAGACGUUCACGGGGGCCCGUAGUAAAUUUCAGUUCACUUACCAGGAAAUGAACGGCUCACGCAAGAAGUGCACGAAAUUGCUUGCACCCAACCAGAAGAUGCAUCUGGGCGCCCACACUUGCCUUUGUGGGCCAAGCGAAGUGGACGAGAAAAGUGGUCGUGAUCGAACAGUUCAUUACUGCGACGUCCGCUGUCCGUGCUGCAGUUACUUCUGCAACAAAAAGUAUGGACACUUUGAUGCGCAUACGACGUCGCACGGGAACAUGCGCAAUACCUACUUCCUCUCGGAUGCGAAGGAGAUUGACAUUGAGGAGCGCAAAUACAAAGCUGGUGAGCUGGGAAUAGCUGAAAUGUGCAACUUGUACUGUUCCAAAAUGGGUCGUGAGCAUGUGCACUACCUCGAUUGCGAGCAAGGCACCAAGGAAAAGUGUGUGUACACUGGAAGCACCACAGACCAGCGUCGUCACUGCAUUCGCAAGUUGGAGCCGCCGCCGGAAAAGCAGGUGGACGAAGUAUUACAUGAACAGUUUUGGAAAACGCUGGGCUGGGAAGAUCCGUGUACGUCAAAGAUGGAACUCGAGUUAUUCGGGAAGUGCGGAUUCAAGUGUGAUGCACCUGACCACGAUGAUAAGCUCUCGUACUGCUGUCUUGCUGCGUGGCACAAGCCUGAACCCAACCCACGAUCUGGUUUCGAUGGCUGUACCUACGUUGGUGGGCACAAGUUUGAGUGCUCGCAUGUCGCCAGUGGUGGAAAGAUGCAUCAUGUGUUCGUGCUUGAUUGCUCAGGCUCGAUGCACGGUCAACCUUGGAAUGAUCUCAUGGCUGCGUGGAGGGAGUUCGUCUAUAAUCGCAUUGCAGAAGGAGCUACACUCGAUUUGGUCUCGGUUGUAACCUUUGACAGCUACUCGCAGAUUGUUUACGAAGCGCAGAACAUAACGACGAUGACCAAUGCUCAUGUUGAGUAUCGCGGUGGAGGAACGAACUAUGCUGCGGGGCUUCGAGCAGCGACAGAGGUACUUUCGCGAGUAAAUUUUGAUAUGUACAAGCCGACUGUCGUAUUCUUCAGUGACGGGCAUCCCUGCGAUCCCCUCCAGGGCGAACAGCUUGCAGUACAUAUCAGAAGCUGCUAUGAGAAGAACGGACUCCAGGCAUUUGCGGUGGGCUUCGGUAGCAUCAACCUGGACGUACUGGAGCGAGUUGCAGCGAAGAUGGGUGGAACGUACCACCACGUCCUCACGGGCAACGAGCUGAAAGCCACAUUCUUUAGCAUCUCGGCUUCGAUGAGUACUCGCGCGGGUCUGGCACUGGCCAAACCAGAUCAUGAACGCAACUGCGUCAUUUGUGGACAAGACCUUGCAUCCGGCGAGACGGUGAAGCUGGAAGGGUGCCGUCACGAGCUCCACAUGUUGUGCUUGGAUGUGUUGAUGCGCAAUGCUGCGCAGGACGAAGAAGUGGCUCGUUGCCCGUCGUGCCGUCGUAGUAUCGUUUUUACUUAG